GGGGCGGGCGCCGCCAGCGGGUGAAAGAUGGCGGAGGGUGGCGGCUCGGAGCCGGAGGAGCAGGAGCGUGGGUCCUCGAGGCCACGGCCCCCAAGUGCGCGGGACUUACAGUUGGCCUUGGCAGAAUUAUAUGAAGAUGAAAUGAAGUGCAAGUCUCCCAAGCCUGACAGAGCUACACCUGCAGCCUUUAGGAGCCCACGGACACCGCCACAUCGGCUUUAUUCAGGUGAUCACAAAUAUGAUGGAUUACAUAUAGUUCAACCUCCAACUGGGAAAAUUGUGAAUGAACUUUUCAAAGAGGCAAGGCAACAUGGAGCUGUCCCUCUAAACGAAGCCACAAGAUCAUCAAGUGAAGACAAAACAAAGUCAUUUACAGGUGGAGGAUACAGAUUGGGUAACUCCUUCUACAAGCGAUCAGAGUAUAUCUAUGGAGAAAAUCAGCUGCAAGAUGUUCAGAUUUUACUGAAGCUGUGGAGCAAUGGUUUCAGUUUAGAUGAUGGAGAGCUGAGACCUUACAAUGACCCAAUAAAUGCUCAGUUUUUGGAAUCUGUUAAGAGAGGAGAGAUUCCCCUGGAGCUCCAGCGACUGGUCCAUGGCAGCCAGGUGAACCUGGAUAUGGAGGAUCAUCAAGACCAGGAGUACAUAAAACCCAGAUUGNGAUUCAAGGCUUUUAGUGGAGAAGGGCAAAAACUUGGAAGCCUUACACCUGAAAUCGUCAGUACUCCUUCCUCCCCGGAAGAAGAGGAUAAAUCAAUACUGAAUUCAGCUGUUCUUAUUGAUGACUCAGUGCCCACCACAAAAAUUCAGAUCAGAUUGGCAGAUGGAAGUCGUCUCAUACAGAGAUUCAACAGCACACACCGGAUUCUGGAUGUACGAGACUUUAUAGUACAGUCACGUCCUGAAUUUGNGACUACUGACUUUAUUCUUGUGACUUCGUUUCCAAGUAAAGAACUAACAGAUGAAUGCGUGACACUCCAAGAAGCGGAUAUUCUUAACACUGUGAUUCUCCAACAGCUAAAGUAGCAUUGCUCCAACCCGUGCAGUAGCAUAGAGGAAGAGGGGAUGUUGUGUAUAUUAGUAAAAUACUUCCAGCAUAAAGCGACCCAGUUGGUUUUUUUUUUUAGAUAAAUCCUAGUUUUCCUGUUAUUCUGUCUUUCAGUCUUUGUCUAGAUAAAUUUAGAUGUUUCAAUUCUUAGUUGUAGGGCUGGCUUGUAUUGAUAGCUUGUAAAUGUUUAGAUCAAUCAACUUAUUACAUGUUCCGUGCUAAUGUAAUAACGUUUUCAGAUGAAAUGAACAGAACCCCUUUUUGGUAAGUGUAUUUGAUAAAAUUUGCACUCAAGUUUCUUAAUGUAGCAGUGACCAGUAACCAGAAAGGACAAUUUUUCUGUAACAUAUGCCAUAAUGUCUCCUCUGAGUUUGAAAUUGUUUGUUCAUACANCAAUUAAGAUUUUGCAUAUUCUUUUUGCAUAUUGUUUNAACUAUGCUAGUACCACAAAA